GAGAGAGAAUAUAAGAGACGGGAUUAUGGCAGGCAUCUCCAAUACAUCUUGGAUCACCCCUGCUCUCUUGUGGAUCUUCAACUGAGGUCAGCAGCCAACUCAAGAUGUCUCAAACCCAACUGGAAACAGCCUGUGAGACUAUCAUAAACAUUUUCCACCAAUAUUCUGCGCGUGUUGGGCAUUUUGACACCCUCAGCAAAAAGGAGAUGGCUGAGCUGCUGAAAAAGGAGCUUCCAAAUUUCCUGAAGGGCCACCUCGCCAAAUUGCAAUGUGCCCAUUGGCCCCCCAAAAUUGGGGAACCCUGCCCCCAAAUCCUGCCUUUGAAAUGUCCUGGGAUGGGGGUUGGAAUUCUAAUGUGGUGGGGACAGCAUCAUAACGCCUGUAGCCACCCUUUCUUUGCAAUGUUUUUAUUUCAACAACAGGAUAAGAAGAACCCAAAGGCCAUUGAUGAAGUGUUCAAUGAUCUGGACAAGAACAAAGAUGCCCAGCUCAGCUUUGGAGAAUUCACAACCUUAAUCAGCAGGGUGCUAAUUGCUUCCCAUGAACACAUUCAUGAAGAAGGCCAUGAGGGACACUCCACUCCCAUAACUAAGCCCCAAGAGUGAAGCCAGCUCGUUGUGCCAAUCAACACAGUUUCAUCAAUGACCCCUCAACCCUGUUCUCUUCCAUACCUGUGGGUCAGGCCAAUUUGUCAAAAUAAAACUUUCCUCCAAAG